AUGGCUGGUGAAGGUGGUGUUGACAUUGAUUUGUAUGCAACAGUAGAUGAAUUUGAGCCAGAAGUGACAGGACAGCAUCUUGGAAGUGAAGGCUUGGACCUGUAUGAUGAUGUACUAACAACUGGAGGAGUUGAGGAUGAAGCACUACAAGCACAUUAUGAAGACGACGUCGUUGCAGUUGAUAUUGCUCCUGAACCAGCCAUGCCAGUACAGCAAGGAGUUUAUGAAUACAAAUCAUACACAACAGUCCAUCCUAAAUCAGCAGCAGGACGGAUCUCACACACCUACUAUGAAAGAAACAAAGGAAAACCCCUAUAUGUUGGCAAUUUGACAUGGUGGACAAAUGAUCAAGAAUUAACAGAAUAUUUGCAAGAGUGUGGUGUAACAGAUCUGCUGAACAUUAAGUUCUUUGAAAACAGAACAAAUGGUCAAUCCAAAGGCUUUGCAAUGAUUGAGCUUGGCUCUGAGACAUCAGCCUUACUUGUUACAGAAAAAUUGCCCAAAAUGGAGAUUCAUGGACAAUAUCCAGUUGUCACACCAGCUACUAAACAGUUUUUGCAACAGUUUGAAGCUCAAUCUAGGAAAAAUAAUCCUGGAAGUGGGGGAGGUAGCCACAGUGAACAGGAAAACCAAGGAUAUCAACAAGGUGGUAGAGGGUUUGGUUACAACCGCGGAGGUUUCAGGGGGCGGGGUGGAUUCCCUGUGCGUCCAGGGAUGGGAAGAGGGUUUGAGCAUGGACCUCCACCCGGGGAUAUGGGCCGUGGAGCACCUUGGAUGGGACCGGGUCAUAUGGCAAUGCCAAGACAUCCCACUCCUGGAAUGCCACCUUUUUAUGGAGAGCACCCACCUGCUUACAAUCCAAUGAUGCAACCUCCCCAAGUGGAAAAACCUCUUGGUCCAAUGCCACCUCAAAUGCAUGUUCCACAGCAACCCCCUCCACCCGGAGCUGGACCAAUGGUGGAUCAUCGAGCUGCAGGUAUGGUUCCAGGAUUCCCCAAAGCACCCGUUGCACCACAUGUGAAUCCAGCAUUCUUUCCUGAGGGGCCACCGCCAGAGACAUUCUUGGCAGCUGGAACUACAGGUGUCGGUGCAACACAAUUUUUGCCAAGGCCAGGUGAUGAGUUUAGUGAGUCCAUGAAAAGAAAUCAAAUGCUUGCAAGCACCGCUAUCAAACGAGCUAUGUCCGAUGCUAAUGCUGGCGACUAUGAGAGUGGAAUUGAAACACUAGUGGGAGCCAUAUCGCUUAUUAAACAAUCCCCAACGGCUGCAGAAGAGAGAUGCCAGGUCCUCGUACAGUCGUUACAGGAUUGUUUGCAAGGACUGGAAAUGCAGCUACUAGAAAGGAGGUCGACUGGCAGUAAACACCAUUACAGCGACAAAGAUGAUUACGAGGGCGAAACCAGAGAAAAACGCCACAGACGCAGACGGUCACGGUCAAGAUCGCGUGAUAGGGACCGAAGGUCAAGAUCACGUGACAAACGUUCGAGAUCGCGUGACAGAGAUCGCCGUCGCCAUAGAUGAGCAAACAAGCGCGAAAGAUAUUUCACAUACUUCUGAUUUCGUUUGUUCUUUUAGUUUCUUUUGGCGGUUUUAACUGCAAUUGUAAAUAUGCAUUUAGGGAGUGACUUUGUUUCCGGCUAUCGUGCGAUGUUUUUUCCAUCCUCAUUUUGUCGAGACAGUCUCAGGGUUUUUUUCCGCCGGAAAGAUUGCUAUGUCUACGCCCUUUAGAGAGCUUUGGGAGCUUGUAUCGAAGAGUUGUAAGUAGAUGUCAAAUAAAAUCACGAGGAAGUCUUAUUCUGGA